GCCUCACCCACAUCCUUUACAGAGUACUGCGUCGACCGUAGUCAAAAUGGCCCAGCAAUGGGGCGCAGGUCAGCCUGGAUUCCAGUAUCCAAUGCAGACGGGCUUCGGCGGUAACCCUGGCCAGUUUCAACAAGGCUUUGGGGGCGGAGGGCUUGGCCCGCAGCCUACUGGGUUUCCUGGCCAGCGUCCGCCCUUCCAACAGCCGCAACAGACAGGCUUUCCGGGUAUGGGUGGCAUGCAGCCUCAACCGACCGGGUUUCCGCCGGGAGGUAGUGGUUUUCAGCAGCAACCUCAGCAGGUACCUCCAGUACCGCCCGUACCACCUCUACCAGGAAACUUUGGUGGAUCUGGCUUCGGCGGCGGCCAACAGCAACAGCUUCGCCCACCACCUCCACCACCUCCGCAACGCAGCUUUCUAAAUCCGUCACCGGGUUUUGGCGGCGGCGGCGGUCUUGCACCACAGAUGACUGGUUUCCCUGGUGCUUCUCCGCUCGUUCCUCAAAUGACGGGUUACGUCGAUCCACGAUUGCAGAUGAUGUCAAGCACCUUCAUGCCUGCUAACCCAUCCAUGCCGUACUCAGGUGGUGUACCGCAGUUUGCAGGCGUGCCCAGUGCGCAGCCCGGAACUUCCCUGCAUCAAACCAUCCAGCAGUAUAACCAAGAGUCUAGUACACCGAGGAUGUCAUGGGCUUUGUCCAAGUCCGAGAAGAAGAACUAUGAUCAAAUCUUCCGUGCGUGGGAUAACCAAAGCUCAGGGUUCAUCAGCGGUCAAACGGCGCUCGACCUAUUCGGACAGAGUGGAUUGGAUAAAAAUACGCUGGCGAAGAUAUGGGCUCUUGCCGAUGCUGACAAUCGGGGUAAACUGAACCUCGCUGAAUUUCAUGUUGCUAUGGGUCUUAUUUACAGAAAGCUCAAUGGCAUGGAGGUUCCUGAUCAACUCCCGCCUGAGCUUGUUCCGCCGUCGGCUCGGGAUCUUGACACAUCUGUUAAUUUCCUCAAGGAUAUACUAAAACACGACACAUCGCGCCCUGGGUCUGCAAGCAGUGCAGAGGCGAUUUCUCGCAGUAAAGUUCGCUCCUUCAAUGACACAAAUGCCCCAGGUGCCGGAGGACGGAAAGAUGGUACCGUGUAUAGGCAUACGGAUGAUGAUGACACGGGUGCCUUCUAUCAGAGUCGUUCCCGACACAUUGAUCGUCGAAAUGUACGCAUUGGGAAUGAGUCUCCUGGUGAAGACUUGGAAAGUAUGCGCCGUACGCUGGAAAAUACUGCGAGGAUGUUGGAUCGUAGCACAGAAGAAAGUCUUAAUCGCACACGUGAGGAUGAGGAACUCGAGCGCGAAAUGGAGGACCUACGCUACCGUGUGAAGCGUAUCCAGGAGGACCUUGAGUAUGUCUCUCGUGGACCGCGCAGCAGUGCAAAAGAUGAAGAACGUCGGAAGCUCGAGCGAGAUUUGUUGCACUUAAUGCACGAGCGUAUUCCUGAAGUACAAAGGAAGCAGGAAGAUAGGGAGCGCCGACGCGAACGGGAAAGAAGAGAAUGGGCUCGCGAAAGAGACAGGCGCAAUGAACGUUUCGGACGUUAUGAUGACCGAGGCAACGACCGAGACGGUGACUAUGGGUAUUCGCGUGGGACGUACGACCGCGACCGCUCAAGGGAUCGAGACUAUGACAGAGACCGGGAUUACGAUAGGGACCGCGACUAUGAUAGGUUCCGUAACAGAGACAGGGAUCGUGAAAGGGACAGGGAUAGAGAAAGGGACAGAGAUUAUGACCGUGACCGUGAUCGCCCACGCAGCCCUCCAGCGGCAGCCCGCUCACCACCACCAGCGCCUCCUGCUGCUCCAGCGACCGCAGCGAGCAGACCUCCUCCAGCCCCAAAGCCGCCGGUGUCUCCUGCACCUCGCAAAUUAACGGAAGCUGAGCUCCGUGAGCAAGCAAUGCGUCGUGUGCAAGAUCGUAUGCGUGCUCUCGGUGUCGUCACGCCUGCUCCAGCUGGUGAUGCGCCUGCGUCACCGAGUGUUGACACGACUGUCGAGGAACGGCUUGCCCGCGAAAAGAAAGAAGCAGAAGAAAAGGUGCUCCAAGCAGAGCGCGAACUUGAAGAACGCGAGCGUGCGAGACGCGAGAAGCUUGAAAGUGAGAAGGCCUUGAAGGAAGGAAGGCCCGUAACUCCUAGUCCUAAGGCUCCCGCUGCAGCAUCCCCACCUGCUCCAGCGCCUGCACCUGUCGUUACGAAGCCGCCGCCGCCGCCAGUACACAAGCGUGCCCCAGCACCUCCGCCUCCCGCGAAGCGAGGCCAAGCACCCCGCGCUCCGCCUCCUCCAGCAUCUCUUGCUAAUGUCCUUUCUGCGCCGCCUCGAACCCCAGUUGCUCCUCCUGCCGCUCCUCAAGUCGAUCCCGAAGAGCAGAUGAUUCGUGAACGUGAGGAACGGCUCCGAAAGCAACGCGAAGAACGUGCGGAACGCCUUCGUCAACUCGAAAGGGAGGAAGAGGAGAUGCGCCGCCAGGAAGAAGAGUAUGAGAGGCGAAGGAAGGGAUUCCUUUCGAGCCCCGCGAAACAGAGUCCAGCAUUGAGCAGUCCGAUCCAAUCUCCUCCCGCUCCGCCACCUCCACCCUCAUUGCCCUCGGAACCGAUUGCCUCCCCGCCAAGCGGGGCGUCACCUCCAGCACCGGGUUCAUCACCGUCAGCUAAUGAAAAGCCUAGUACGAACCCAUUUAGCAAAUUUAUGGGUCAAGGAAACGGUUCAGCAGCGACACCGACCCCUCCAACGACAAGUAGCAGUACGAACCCCUUCUUCAAGCCUCCUGUUGCUCCAGUAGCUCCUCCUGCACCAGUGGCAUCCCCACCUGUUUCGCGCAGUCCAGCACUUCCUGCAAUCAAGACCAGUUAUAAUACAGUGCCGCAGGACGAUGAGGACUGGGAUGACGCAAAAGAAAUCGAGGAAGACGAAAGCAGCGAUGAUGAGAUAACCAGCUCACGAAACGCGCGUGAUAUGCUUGCACAACAGUUGUUUGGCGGUCCACGUCCACAAUCCGCGGCUGGCUCGCAUCCACAGACGCCUGCACCAACCUCGGCCCCUCCUGCCCCGGCUCCGCCAGCCCCGCCGCCUGCUUUGCCAGUGGCCGCGGCUACAGCGCCUGUUACGCCGAGCUCACCGGUUGCACCCCCGCCACCGCCAGUCGCUCCCGUCGCUCCUCCACCCCCUAUUGCACCUGCUGCCCCGCCUCCUCUUGGAGCACCAGCUGCACCACCCGCAGGUGGUGGUGAUCGAAGUGCGUUGCUGAGUUCCAUUGUAGCCGGAGCACGCCUGAAGAAGACUGUCACGAACGACCGCAGUGCAGCUGCUGUUACUGGACAGGUUGUUGGCGAUACAGCACCACCUCCACACAUCAACGCAGCACCACGUCCUCCAUCUCCUCCUACAGUAGUAUCAGAGCCGGAACCUAUGGUGGAAGCUUCGUCGGUACCCCUAAGCCACGAGGCCAACACCCGGUCGAACUACAGACAGUCCGUCGACUGGUAUGCAGGUCUUGCGGCAGAUCAGGGAGCUGUUUCACCCCUCCCGACGACCGUUGAAGAAAAUGAGGAAGAGGAACCAUCCCAUCUACCCGCAGCUGUCCCGGCAAUCCAAGUUCAGGAAGCUCCUGCAGAGGAGACUCCUGAUCCUUUGGAGGAUGUAGACAAGUCAAAAGAAUAUCGCGUUCGCACCUUAUAUCCGUAUGAGGCGCAGAGACCCGAGGACAUUACAUUCUCGGAAAAUGUGAUUGUAAUCGCUCAUCCCUCAAAGUCGGGAGGUGCAUGGUGGUAUGGUUCGACUGUAAAAGGUGGAAAGACUGGUUUCUUCCCAAGCACGUAUGUGCAAGAGCUAGAAAAUGUGAAAGCGAAGGCUCUAUACUCGUAUUCUGGCGGAAACGCAGACGAGCUUCCAUUUGUCGAAGGUGACGAACUCACGAUUGUCGACCGCAGCGAAGCAGACUGGUGGAAGACUGAACGAGGGGGAGUGAUAUUCAUCGUGCCCGCCGCAUACCUGGAAAUCGUCGAGGAAGACGGAAGCGAUGGCCCCAGAUCUGCGCUUGUAGUAAAUAAGCACGGCGACGCGCAAGAAGACGCGUCAAAAGCUCCAGUCACCCAGCACGCCGACAAAGACUCUUUCUCAUCCACUAUCAUGCGCCUGCCUCCAGACCUGCACGACAGCUCGGACGACGACGAUGGCUCAGAUGACGAAUAUCACUCGUUUGAGUCGUCCGAGUCCGAAUCAGAGGACGAUGGGGAGGUUGCGAAGACGGACGAGGAAAAGAAAAAAGAAUACGAGGCACGUGAGCUUGAACGACAACGCGUGCUCGAAGCGGCCGGGCUUCUCGUGAAAAAACCCAGCAGCGAAGCCAUCGGUGAUGGUGCACCGCCUCCUAGACCUGUGCGUCGGCGUUCAACAGCCGCAAGGCGGCGACGUGCGCCGCCAGAGACCCCGAAUAGGCUGUCGUUUACCUCUUUACCGUCGUUGCCAUCGGAUAAAGACCUCCCUUCGACGCCAACUUCUGUUCUUCACGUUGACGAUGCCUUUGAGCGGUAUGAGGCGUACAGGAACUCGAGGAACUAUAGGCUUUCGAUGUCGUCUAUUGAUACUGGCCCACCUUCCCCUGGAUUGCCACCUUCACUUUCGGCGACACCAUCUAAAGAAAGCACUACAGAUGGCAGGGGUCAUUCAUCACAUAUCUUCAAGUUCCUGACCCGAAGCAAGACACCGGAAAUUGAUUCAGAGAGGCCACGACUACAAAUAUCGGGACCCAUCAUGAGUUCGAAUAGUACCUUGGAUAGCCCCAGCAUGGAUUCAAGCAGUGCUUUUGGCUCGUCAUGGGCCAGCCUUCUUGGCAGAGACACUGUGGAAGGCAUUCCUCCACCAGAGCGAAAGCGUCAAGAGGCAAUAUUUGAGCUCAUCAACACGGAAGCCGCGUAUGUUAGAGAUCUACAGCUCAUUGUGGAGGUAUUCUACUCUAGCAUGGUUUCGAUGUUAAGCGAGAAGGAGGUGACAGUGGUCUUUGCCAACAUCGAAGACCUCCUAUUAGUCAAUACUACGUUCCUGAGUUCCUUAGAAGAACGGCAAAAAGAGUGUCGACUGUACAUCGAUGUAAUUGGAGAUUUACUUGAUCGGCAUAUGGUUAGCAUGGGUGUAUAUGCGGAUUACUGUAUUAACCAAGGGAAUGCUAUCAGGAUUCUUCAGUCAAUCAGGAAUGCCAGACCAGAUAUCGCUGCCCAUUUACAGAAACUACGGGAAGACCCUACCGUUAGAAACCUUGACCUAUCGAGCUAUCUCCUCGCGCCAAAUGAAUUUGAACGCAAGCAAAUAAGUUCCGCGCUUGACUCCGUCGAGCGAGUCUUGAGCUUCAUCAAUGAAACCAUCCGGGAACAAGAAGGCCGGGCACGCCUAGAGGCUGUGUCUCGGAACCUUUACGUUGGCCAAGGGCGACUUGAUCUGGCAAAAUGCACGAGUUACAUGGGACCGCGAAAGUUGCUCAAGGAAGGUACGAUUGUGAAGCAUAAGAGUGGAAGGAAAUUGCGAAUGUUCCUGUGUAACGACAUGAUCAUCCUGACGGAUGAGCACGUUACACGUCUUUACAAGAUGCCUAUUCAACUGAAUCAAGUAGAAGUUAAAGACUUUGGGAAAGACGAACUCUGUUUUCAACUUAGCUUUGCUUAUCCGCGGGGCGGAGAGGCGAUGGCGUUCAAAGCAACUUCGUCUAGAGACUGUUUAGAAUGGAAGAAGGCGAUUUCGAGCGCGUGUAGACGGGCAAGAGACGUAGAGCGUAAAGCAGCGCGUGCUAGACGCUGACAAUGAUUUAAUUUCUCGGACUUGAAGUCAAUUUGACGCUCUUUUUUUGGGACAUUUUUCCUUUUUGAUAUUUAUCACAUACCGUUUCUUCUUCUUAAACAAAUUGGCGCUUGUAGCUUUCCACUCUCUCUCACUCCACGUUACUCCAAUAUCUCAAAGAGACACUCGUUCACCUAAUGACUUAUGUACAAGCCAAACAGCCAGCAGUGCUGAGGUUGUUAGUCUGUAGUAUACAGUACAUCACUCGCCACAAUUGAUAGUCUUGACCACUACUUUAUAAAAUUUAUACUUCCCCUUUCCGGCAAAUAUUAUUCGUCUCGUUGUGUCGAUAUGGACUACAUAAUAUUUGCAACAUGACUUGACCCUCGGCUCUCGAAGAGGUUGCAUCACAGUUCGUCGCCACCGCGCUUCACCCUCAUCUCCGGCUCUUGCACAUCCACCCUCAACACAUUCGUAUUCUUCCCAUCACUCCCGUUACCAACUUCACCCAACUUAUACAAAGCACUCAAAAUAUCCUCGUUCUUCUCACUCCAUAUGUCCUUCGGUACGCUAAGGAGCUUCACAUCGCUCAGUUCGCCGACUUGUCCGAUGUCUUCUAUACUCGGGUAAGACGAGAGGGUGAUGCGGUUGGAUGGAGAUGUGUAGGGAGAGGAUGGAGAGAGGAUUAUGGAGAGGUAGACGUUGGAAGUGUAGUCGAGAGC